UGCCCCUUUCGUGCGUUUCUUUCAUGCCUUUCCCUACGACAUCUGAUGCAUAAAUUCUAGGGUUUGAGAAGUAGGGUUUCUUUUGCGAUCAGAGGCGUCUUUAGCUUUAACUUCUGAAGCUGCUCCAAGUGCAUCGUCUACAAUGGCGGUCGGGAAGAACAAGAGGAUAUCGAAGGGCAAGAAAGGAGGAAAGAAGAAAGCGGUUGAUCCUUUCUCUAAGAAGGACUGGUAUGAUAUCAAGGCUCCUUCGAUCUUCAGCCAUAGAAAUGUCGGGAAAACCCUAGUUUCAAGAACGCAGGGAACUAAGAUUGCUUCUGAAGGACUUAAGCACCGAGUAUUUGAGGUUUCCCUUGCUGACCUUCAGAAUGAUGAGGAUCAGUCCUACAGGAAGAUCCGACUCAGAGCUGAGGAUGUACAAGGAAAGAAUGUGCUCACUAACUUUUGGGGAAUGAAUUUCACAACAGACAAGUUGAGGUCUUUGGUGCGUAAGUGGCAGACCUUGAUUGAGGCACAUGUUGAUGUGAAGACUACAGACAACUACACUUUGAGGAUGUUCUGCAUUGGAUUCACAAAGAGGCGUCCAAACCAGGUUAAGCGAACCUGUUAUGCACAAACAAGCCAGAUCCGUCAGAUUCGCCGUAAGAUGAGAGAAAUUAUGGUAAACCAGGCAACCUCAUGUGACUUGAAGGAGUUAGUACAGAAGUUCAUCCCUGAGAUGAUAGGGAAGGAGAUUGAGAAGUCCACUGGCAGCAUUUACCCUUUACAGAAUGUCUUUAUUCGUAAGGUCAAGAUUUUGAAAGCUCCCAAGUUUGAUCUUGGCAAGUUGAUGGAGGUCCAUGGGGAUUAUUCUGAGGAUGUUGGCAUGAAGGUGGACAGGCCUGCAGAGGAACCAGUGGCUGAAGAAACUGAAGUAGUUGGAGCAUAAAUGAAGUUUCAGCGUCUUUUUAAUUUUAUCAUCGUUUCAGCAUAUUUUAUUCUUGUCUUUUUAUCAAAUUUUGGAAGCUUUGUUUAUCCUUGAUGCUGAUGAGAAACUUGGCUAGCAAAUGAUUUUGGCGUUAGAUUGAGUUCAAUUGUUCGACUCAGAGAAACAGGAACAUCAUUUUUGCCGCCUCUUCGGCCAGUUGUCUUUUAAUCUCGAUUACGCCCCUCCUGGCGCUGCCAUUUCUGGCUGUUUAUUUGAGAAAUGGCACUAUAUUUCCUCAGUGCCCUUCAAUUAUGGUUGUUAGUGCCGAACCUAUUGAUAUUAAUGCUCCCCAUUUUAUUUUUUCA